AUGGUGCUGGUUCAGGCCGGCGGGGAAGGCGCCGCAGGUCCCACCGCCGCCGGGCCAGAGGCAACGGAGCGAUGGGAGCUCAGGCAGGAGGAACCCGGCAACCGGGAGGAGGAGGACGGAGGUGCCCCGGAGCAGCCCUGCCCUUUUCAGGUUCACAACAUGGAAGCGGCGGGCGCUGCCAAGCCGGGCGGCGAGAGCUCCUGCCCCUCCUGGACCUGCUACAGGAUACCCGGAAUAAAGACGAAAAAUGGAUGUCCGGGGCUUGGCUUGUUCUAUACAUUAUUAUCUGCCUUCCUGUUCUCUGUUGCUUCUUUAUUUCUAAAGAAAAUUGAAGAUGUUCAUUCAGUGGAAAUCAGUGCUAUUAGAUGUGUUUUUCAAAUAACAUUUGUUCUUCCUGGAUUAAUAUACUUCAGAACAGGAUUCCUAGGACCAAAGGACAAACGAAUGGUUCUUUUCCUCCGAGGAUUGCUUGGCUCUGGUGCAAUGAUCCUUGUUUAUUAUGCUUUCCAAGUGAUGCCUCUUGCUGACGCUACCGUCAUUACCUUCAGCAGCCCAGUUUUUACAUCCUUCUUUGCCUGGAUCUUCCUCAGAGAGAAAUACAGUCUCUGGGACCUUCUUUUCACUCUGAUUACAAUCACGGGAGUAGUGCUUAUAGCAAGGCCACCUUUUCUAUUUGGAUCCAGUGUUCUUGACAUGGAAGAAAGUUACACAGAUCACCUUAAAGGAACCAUAGCAGCCAUUGCAAGUGCAGUAGCCGCUGCCUUAACUUUUGUGAUCCUAAGAAAAGUGGGAAAAUCUGUCCAUUACUUUUUGUCCAUUUGGUAUUAUGCAAUAAUUGGGCUGAUUGUGUGUAUAAUAGCACUUUUUAUAAUGGACGCAUGGACUUUGCCCAAUUGUGGUAUAGACAGAUUUCUCCUAAUAUCAAUUGGAUUGUUAGGACUUGGCGGUCAGAUAUUUCUUACUAAAGCAUUACAGAUUGAAAAAGCUGGUCCUGUUGCUAUAAUGAAAACCAUGGAUGUGGUGUUUGCUUUUAUUUUUCAAGUCCUUUUUCUUAAUCAUAUACCAAGAUGGUGGACAGUGGGAGGUGCUCUUUGUGUGGUAGCCAGUAGUUCUGGAACAGUUAUCCGCAAGUGGUAUCAAAAUUCCAAAAGAAGCACAGAACAGAAAAUUUAA